CUGGUGUCAGGGAAUAAAUGAAAGCUCGAGGCGCUGAACUCGUUUUCACACUCAGAGGAGAGAGCGGGGAGACCGGGCUGAGAGAGACAGACGAGCCACAGACCGAUACACCGCCGUUAACCUGCUGAUUUACGAGAUUUUUGAGCUGCCAUGCCUGCUAAAAAAGCCCCAAAGAGACAAAAAGAGGUUGAGGCGGAGGACUCUGCAGCCUUAAAAAAAUUGAAAGUGUCUCACAAGAGUCAUGGACAAGAAAAGGGACUGGUCCUGGUUCUUGGACAGGGAGAUGUGGGUCAGCUAGGCCUGGGAGAAGAUGUGCUAGAAAGGAAGAAACCAGCUCUGGUGAAUCUCCCAGAAAGCAUUGUGCAGGCAGUGGCAGGGGGCAUGCACACAGUUUGCCUCAGUGACACAGGAAAUGUCUACACCUUUGGCUGUAAUGAUGAGGGCGCUCUGGGUAGGGAUACGUCAGAGGAGGGCACAGAGAUGGUUCCGGCUAAGGUGGAGCUAGCAGAGAAGAUUGUGCAGGUGUCUGCGGGGGAUAGCCACACUGCUGCUCUGACGGAGGAAGGAACGGUCUUCGUCUGGGGCUCUUUCAGGGAUAACAACGGUAUUAUUGGUCUUCUUGAACCUAUGAAAAAAUGUACCGUACCUACCAAAGUCCCCCUGGACAAAGCUGUGAUCAAAAUUGCAUCAGGGAAUGACCACCUGGUGAUGCUGACUGUGAAUGGAGAAAUCUACACCUCUGGCUGUGGAGAACAGGGCCAGCUAGGGAGAGUCCCAGAGCGCUUCGCCAAUCGAGGGGGCAGGAAGGGAUUAAUGAGGUUACUGGAGCCGCAAAUGGUCAUCAUCAAGCCUCGAGGGAAGGUUCACUUCACUGAUGUCUUCUGUGGGGCAUACUUCACUUUUGCUGUUUCUAAGGAUGGCCAUGUCUAUGGCUUUGGCCUUUCCAACUAUCACCAGCUUGGUACCCGAAGCGUAAACACAUGUUUUGUACCAGUAAAGCUCACUGCUUUCAAGAACUCCACUACCACCUGGGUAGGUUUCUCUGGAGGACAGCACCACACUGUCUGCUUGGACUCUGAAGGACAAGUUUACAGUCUUGGUCGGGCCGAGUACGGGCGUUUGGGCCUGGGAGACGGUGCUGAGGAGAAGAGUGAGCCCACACCAGUUAAAGGGAUCAGUGGGGCCUGCGUGGUGGCUUGUGGGGCAUCUGUGAGCUACGCAGUCACUAAACAAGGCUCGGUCUUUGCUUGGGGCAUGGGCACCAACUUGCAGCUGGGUACAGGGGAAGAGGAGGAUCUGUGGAGUCCAGUAGAGAUGUCUGGAAAACAACUAGAGAAUCGAGUAGUUCUGUCAGCCUCCAGUGGAGGGCAGCAUACGGUCUUGCUGGUCAAGGACAAGCAGGAGAGCUGAUAUUAAACCUGAAUCUGGUGGAGCUGGGCUGGAACUACUGUGUCAGUGGUAACUGUAAAACCAUAGCUUGAACCGGGAUGGGGACUCUGUGGUUGCUAAGACUUCCUGUACUGAACCAAGCCAGCCAAUUGGCGAGAUGGUGAUUAUUUGAUGAGGGAAAGAUGGGUGGGGUCUCAUCUGAUUUAAACUUUCUUCCACUUUGUGGAGAGCUCAAACCUUCACUGGAUAUGUUCCGGUAGAUCACGAUAAAAGAGUAUUUUUUUAAAACUAAUUUUUUGCUUCAUUUUUUUCUUAAUUCUUAAGUCAUGGGUGUUGUGAGGACUGCCAGCUGUGAGUAAACAUAUGCAUGUGAGUGCUGAGGAAUUAUUUGAUAGUUCAACAGGUCUUUUAGAAAGUUCUCUGCAGUGCAGUUUUAAUAUGUCAUGUUUUUUAUUUUUGGUCAGAGCAAUAAGUCUAUGCAGCUACAAUGCGAUCUUUACAUUUUUACAGGAAAAAAAAGAUUGAUUUGGCAUUGCUGUAAAUUGUAUGAUGCUGUUUUCCUUAAAAUGCGAAUACAAAUUGUUGAUUGCAUCCAUGAUGUGCCGGCCCUAUGGGAAGUAAUAAAAAUUUAAAUCUUUUCAAA